AUGAUCACUCUUCGUCCACCAAACUACCGAUUCCUCAGUGACAGCAUCAUCGGUAAUGUCGAACAGCGCAGAAGACCCAGCAGGGACCUCCCAACCGAUGAUUAUAGAAACGCUAAGGCCUACGCAGACUAUUUUCAGCCGCGACAAUCGUCGUGGUCUUCUGAGCGUGCACGUGUGCCGAGGGCAGUAGACAGAACGAGCUCUACAUCUGCUCCAGCGGUCAUCCCCGAGCGCGAUGCCGUUGCCGUGCUCGGCCUGCUCUCGUUGACGAGCGGAACGAAGCGGAAGAGAGUUGAGUCGCCAGUUGUGUCGAGCCGAAAGCUCCAGUGCGCACCUGUGGAGCCAAGUACGCCACAGCCAGAAACAGACACAGAGUCGUUGAACAGCGAGAAGCUCGAAUCCACUGCGAAGUGGCACGAGGAGCAGCAAGUGCGUAGAGAGAAACAGGUUGACUUCAUGCAGGACGACCGUAUCAGUCACCUUCAGAAACAGACGCUUAAGUUGCGCGAAGAGAUUGAGACGGUUGAGUAUCGACGACGUGAGAUCGCAGCGCUGCCAGCUCGUCAGAAUGGCUGGGACGUGGCUGUCGAGUACUUUAAGCUCUUCCGCUACGGUCUCCAGUCGAGAAAACGCUCUAGCGUCAUCAAACACAGUGACGAACAGUUGGAUUUCCUACGUAGAACGAUGAGCCCAGACGUGUUACUUAAUACCGGACAGGGCCACAACGCCAUGCUGAGAAGCUGGAAGUGCAUGUCCCUGUGGUUCCAAGACGUCGAAGUGACACUCGAAGGCUUGGACAGGAGUGCGGCAGGGUCACUAGAAGCCAUCACAAAGACCAGCGUCACGAUCACAGAGCGAACACUUCGCAACGCCUUCCCUCGCUUGGUCAGCAAGGAUGGCGCACACUUCGAGCUCGCCCAGCAGCUUCGAGGGCGACGCAUCGUCAUGCGCGGCCUGACACACUUUGAGUGGGAUAGUGGGCGUCGCUGCUUCACCAGUGUCAUGACUCACUCGGAUCUGCUAGCUCCAAUGCUGCAUCUAUUGGGCAACGUGGAGGACGUGGCGCAAGUAUUCGAGAGGUCUACAAUCACUCCGGACUUCCAGUGGAGGUCAAUGCUUGCGGCUGCACAUCAACCGGCUACACUGAGUACACAUGCGUGCAAUGGCGAAGGACUAUACCAAGGACUGUAUGCACAAGGACAUCGUUGGCUGUGCGCUGCCAAGAUGGUGUACUCAAACGAGAGUGCAUUUAUCUAG